UAUCGACGCAACCCCACCCUCGCCAGGAAGGCGGUGCGGACUCUUCCGCCUCGGUGUGCGUCAUGGGAGUGGAGGUCACGUGGUCAGCAGGCGACUGUGCGCCUGGGCCGGCUACAGUCACUACCGCGGUUUGGGGGUUGCCCGUGUCCUUCUGACUCGCGCGGCCCCAGCUGUUCCUGCGCCGGCGCUCGCGAGCCCCAUCUCCUGCAGCCGGAGCAGGGGUUGGCCUUCGCCUUUCGGCGGUAACCAGACUAAGGGGGCUGGUUCAGAAGUGCCCGAUCCACCGCUGCUCAGCCCAAAGGUUUUCAAUAAAUAGCAUUUCAAACAGUGGGAGAAAUGACCCAUUGGUUUCAUCGCAACCCAUUAAAAGCUACGGCUCCUGUCCCAUUCAAUUUCUAUGGCGUAACCACCAGUCCCGCUGCAGCGAAGAUUUGCAAUGAUUUAAGAUCAUCUAGAGCACAGAUCUUGGAGCUGUUUACUGAUUUGAGUUGCAAUCCAGAAAUGAUGAAAAAUGCAACUGAUAUGUACUUUUCAUUCUUGCAAGGCUUUAUAGUCUCAUUGGAUAACUCUUCCCAAGACUGCAAGUUGCGAUAUAUUCAGAAUUUUAAAUGGACAGACACAUUACAAGGACAAGUUGCAAGUGCCCAGCAGGAUGCUGUGUUUGAACUGGUUUCCAUGGGAUUUAAUGUGGCUCUGUGGUACACAAAAUAUGCAUCGAGACUGGCUGGAAAAGAAGAUAUAACAGAAGAUGAAGCAAAAGACGUUCAUAGAAGCUUGAAGAUAGCAGCUGGGCUUUUUAAACAUCUAAAGGACAGCCAUAUCCCCAAAUUGAUUACACCUGUAGAAAAGGGAAGGGAUUUAGAAGCUCGACUUAUAGACUCCUACAUCAUCCAGUGCCAAGCUGAAGCUCAAGAAGUGACAAUUGCCAGAGCUAUUGAGCUGAAACACAAUCCUGGUCUGAUAGCUGCUUUAGCCUACGAAACAGCUAAUUUCUACCAAAAAGCUGAUCAAAUGUUAUCCAGUUUGGAUCCAGCAUACACUAUUAAAUGGAGAAAGUACCUACAAUUGAAGACAAGUUUCUAUAUGGCCUAUUCAUACUGCUACCAUGGUCAAACUCUGCUGGCCAGCGAUAAAUGUGGAGAAGCAAUCAGAUCUCUGCAGGAAUCAGAAAAAUUUUUUGUCAAGGCUGAAGCAUUAUGCAAAGAAUAUGGUGAAACCAAAGGGCCUGGGACUACUGCCAAACCCUCUGGCCACCUCUUCUUUAGGAAACUAGGAAGUCUGGUUAAGAAUACCCUAGAAAAAUGCCUGAGAGAAAAUGGAUUCAUUUACUUUCAGAAAGUGCCACCCGAGGCUCCUCAGCUAGAGCUGAAGGCGAACUAUGGCCUAGUAGAGCCCAUCCCUUUUGAAUUUCCUGCCUUGCAUGCACACUGGACCCCCGAAACGCUUGCUGCAUUUGAUCUCACCAAGAGGCCAAAGGACGACAGCGCUAAGCCAAAACCAGAGGAAGAAGUGAAACCGCUCAAAGAACCAGAUAUAAAGCCUCAAAAAGACAGUGGAUGCCAGAUCUCUUAAACAUUAUAAGUGCUUUGAAUUCCUUUUACAAGUUGUAUUUAACAAACUCUGGGGCUUUCAUUUCAAAUCUCCUUUUCUAAUUCUUCUUAACCUUAAAGAUUAAUUCAUUGAUUUAUGUUUAGUUGAAGUCUCUUCAUUGAAGACAUGGCUAGAUUUAUAAAUGAAAUUAUUUAUAACCAUUCUUUUUGUUGUUUUUAGUUGGGACCUCAGAAUAAACUCAAAUGUCCUCAUGCUAUAGAAAGAGUUUUAAGUUUGGUUCUCAGGUUAGCUUCUGUACAGAGAAUAGCAUACUAAAAUUAGUAUUUCCUGCCAUAGGCAAAAGGAAAGGAAAAGGUGGUAAAAAGUGAAGGAUGUUGUUUCUUUCCAUGAGAUUUAAUUCUUCUUAUCAAGUACCCAAAAUGGAAAAAGUUGCGUAUAGAAAUUUGCCAGAAGCAGUUUUUUGUUGUUUGUCUCAUUUCUAAUCUGUUGUUCCUGAUUAAUAAGAAGAGUCACUCACAGUUGGGCUUUAUCCAUAUGGAAACUUUUAUAGGGAAGACACUUCACUAUGCUUCUUCAGACGCAGAAUUUCUCCAUAAUCUGAAUGCAAUUUAUAUUCAGUUGAAACAACUGGACACUCCCUUCUAUUUAAAUUUUCCCCAUGCCCAAAUUCAUAGUAACCUGCUUUCUCUGUAGCUUGUUUAUUUUAUCCAACUGCUUACAUUUAAGCCUUUUAAUCUCAAAUGGGGAGUCUGCUGGUGGCAUGAGAGACUGAGGCAGCAAAUUAAGUGGAAAAGAUCUUAAAAUGAAUAAAUCAUGGUGUCAGGCUUCCAGACUUUCAGAGUUUAAGGUCUGGAAUGAUUGAAUUAUGGGCAAUUUAAAUUGGGUGACUUUUUAGAACUUAAAUGACUGUAUUGGGGUGUUAUUAAUGUGCUGUGUUUUCAGUUGGAUAAUACCUGCUCUGUCAAUGGCUUCACAGUGCUAAGACAAUAUGUGAUGCUGGCAAUUCAUCACAAAUGACACCCGGCUCUAGGUUUCCUUUUCUAGAAACAUAAAUAGCAUCUUCACCCAGAUUCCUUGAUAAAGUGCAGCUGUGGAAAAAAUGACCGCAGGCAAGAUUAAGGCUGGUUUGAGGAGGGAGGUGCUCAGAAGAACUUGCUAUUUCUAUAACUUUUUCCAUAAUUGAGGACUUAAGCUCUCAGACAAAUUCGUUUGCAACCUUGGUGUCUUAUGAGCAUUCAGCAGUAAUGAGUCCAAAAUAACUGUAAUAACUAAAACGUCUGUUUUCAUUUGUAACUGAUCAGAAAAUUGUCUGGCACACACAGCUAAUCACAGUGAUCCAUGUUUGUAUGUGUGUCUUCCAGCUUGAUCUCUGCAAAUCAUUGCACCUAGGAAUGAAGAUACACACCUUGAAAAAGCUUCAGCUGAUAACAAACACAGCAACCUAUGUGAUUAGUAUCACAGGGUACAAGGAAGGUAUGCGCCAGUGUUCUGAUUCUGUUCAGUACAGAGUUCGGUUCAAUAGCUGUGUCUUGAUAUUAAAAAUCUUCUGUGGGACUGGACCCACCUGCCUGGCAGUGUGUGACCUUCCGUGGUCCCCAACAGCUGGAACAAAGAAGCAGUUGGCCAAUUAGAGACAAUUUAUGAGAUUGGGAAACAGAACUUUCACAGAAACUGGACCGAAUAGGCAACUCAUUGUUCCAAGACACAGGAAUGAUUGUGGUACUAACCAAUAUGGACAGAUCAAAUGCAAAACUCAUUUCCUCAAUUAUACCUUUCUCCUAAUCAGUUCCAUACACAUGUCCCUAUAAACUACUCAAACUAUUUCUCCCCCAGGUUAUGAAGGACAAGAUCAUUUCUGUUGUUUAAAUAUUUGAGGAGGUUAGGUGUUGAAAGGCAGAAGUUUUGUUGCAUCUCAAGUUUUGAAGGAAGGGAGCUGAGUAUGUUUGGCCAAGGUUUCACCAAGUGUUGAUUUUAGUGAUAAACUUCUAGUCUCCUGAAUAAUUAUGGGGGCCAGUUUAGAAUCUCUAACAUUGGUAGAGGCGAUGGAGUUGAAGAUGAAGGAUGGGUGUAGAAAGUGAGACAAAUUUGUAUCAUUGCCACAAAAUUCUAAAGCAUAUUAUAUCCUAUAGCUACAUGGCUUUCAUUUUACUAAAGGAUUAGCUGUGAUUAGCUCCAUGCUCCCAUCUUAUGUUUUCAGUAUGUACUUUGUUACUCUUUUGUUCUUAAUAUACUUGUAUUGAGGCAUUUUUCUACUGACUUGACAAUUCUUCUUCUUCUAAUUUAAAGUUAAGAUUUUAGUAAAACAGUUUUCAGUUCUUAAUGGCUGUUGCUGACUUGCACAAAUUCACUUGUUUUCAUUUUCUUGCACCUGCAGUGAGGCAUUUGACCAUGUGUCUGUGCAAGUUUCUUCAUGAGAUACAAAUCUGUAGUUUUUGGGUUAUCACUGAUUUCCCCAAAGGCAUUCAAAAAUUGAUUUUAAGAAUUUGCAUAUUUACUGGCAUUUGGACCCUGGUAUUCCUUAUUUUCUAUAACUAAAUGGCUUGUUUGAAAUUCACUGUAAAUGUUGGUUGACUAUGUGCAACUUAAGUGUUAUACAGUCCUGUCUGUAACCUUGUGUUGGUCCUAGGCUGUAGCUGUUUUCAGCAACCACAAGAGAGUUAACUUUUUAAUACUGACCUAAAGGAAUGAGUGCUGUUAAACUUUGUUUCUCAAGACUGACCUUAUUUCCUUGUAUUUUAAAGCCUAUGGUACAUAAUAAGUAGUCUUGCUUGUGGGCAUGGAAUAUAUGCAUUGUUGUUAUAGCCAUGUUGGCUCUGGGAUAUUAGUGGGACAGAGUGGGUGACAUAUCUUUUAUUGGACCAACUUCCAUUGGUGAGACACAAGCUUUUAAGCUUGCAGAGUUCUUAUUCAGGUCUAGGACAGUAAGUGUGUCACAGCUAAAUACUGUGACAUUUUUAGUACCUUUCAAGCUCUCUGUAGCUUGAAAGCCUGUCUUUGAAGUUGGUUCCAUAGAAGAUAUUCAAGAAUCCACCUGGGAAAGGAAUAGAGACAUUUUAGUCUGAAAAUAAGUAGAGGAUGCUAAACUGUAAUGUGAUUUCUUUUUGAUUUCUUAUGAAGAGGAGAGAUUUUGUUAAGGUAUUUAAAUAGACACUAUUCUUUGAGUUACCUAUUCCAUUUGCUUAAACAGUUAGCCUGCUUGGGAGUGGGUUGGAACUUCAAUCUGUCUGCAUAUAUCUAUAUAUAAUACAUUUCCUUCUGCUGAGGUUUUUUUAGUACUUUUUUAAAAGAUAAUGUAUUUCAUAAGAUGACUUCUUAAUAUUUAUUAAUAUCAGCAUUAGUAGCCUCUGCUUUCUUAUAAGGCUUUAGUGAUGGCACAGUUUUACACUUAGUUACACCUGAAAAAGUUAAUGUAAAUGUCUGAGGUCUCACUUGUGCACUUCACAGUGGAGGCAACAUUUACACCUAUAAAGAAGGCAAGCACUAGAGUACAAGCUGAUCAUCAGGCUCUUGGUACUUUGUCUAGGGGCUCAUAACUUAAUAAUUAAAGCAAAACAUGUCCUUUAUAGGAAAAUAUUUUGAACACUUGUGAUACGUGUCUCACUCCAUAGUCCAUGUUACUAAGUUAACAUGAAAUAUAAUCAUUUAGCAUCUAACACUGUACAUCCAAAGGACUAAAACUGGUUCUUGAAUGUGCAUGCCCAUCUCUCAUGGACUUCUAUUGGAGUCUUGUAUGUGCAUCCAACUGUAGGAUUUAGUCCACUUAGAUAUUUAGUACAAUUAAUUGGCUGAUGUGUCAUGGCAAUAUCUGUGCAUAGUCAAAGAAAGCAGAGACUUGUGUUUAUGUACAGUGUC